AUGAUCUUGUCUAUUGAAGACGCCAAAUAUCUCAGAAACCGGACUGCUGCCGCUGCUGACCGGCAGUCUUCUUCCCCGCCCCCGCUCAUCAGGGCUAACGCAGAUCCCUUGGGAUACGAGGACGGCGAGGUUAGGCGUUACGGAGCCGGAGAGUCCUACCGCCCUUAUAAUCGCGAUCGGUCUCCGCCGAGAAUGCGCAGCCCUCUAAGAGAUAGGGCUCGCAGCCCUCCCCCCGCGACAAGCGAUAGCUACGUGCCGAGUCGGUCCCCGCGUCGCCGUUCCCGCAGCCCAGAUCGCUUCAGAGGCAGGCCCAGGUCCCGAGACCGUGUUGUUGGCGGUGGUGAGCGCUGGCGCCGCAGUCGUAGCCGACCGCGCAGUCCCCUUCGUCGACCGUCCCCCCCUCGCCGCGACCGCAGCCCUCCCAGAAGAUCUCCUCCUCGAUAUGGCUCGCCCCGUCGCGACGAUAGAUGGGAUGACAGGAGAGAUGAUCGCCGAGACGAUCGCAGGGACUUUGAUCCCCGAGAUUCCAGGUCUCGCUCUCCCCUGCCGGACCGCUUCCGCCGCUCUCCCUUGAGACGAUCUCCGCCGCCUGGUUCAAAUUCUUACCGCCCUCGCUCAAGGAGCGGUGACCGUCGCGACCGUGAUGAUCGCUACCCCCCUCGUCGCCCUUCUCUGCCGCCUCAACGCGAGCCUAUCAACACUGGACCCAUGCAUUCUCGUUCUGCUUCGGGUCGUUCUUCUCCCCGCGCUGCUUCAAUCCGUCGAGACGACCGCUCUGCGCCGCAGUCGCCAGCCAGAUCUCACGCAUCCAACGCGCCUACUCCGACUACCGCAUCGCUUCCGACUAGAGAGGCCCGCGACAUUCGAGAUUUCAAGGACAACAGGGACGCCCCUCGCGAGACGCGUGAGAUUCGAGAGCCUCGUCAGGAUCGGGACCUUCGUGAGACACGCGACAUCCGUGAGCCCCGCGAAACUAGAGAUGAUCGUGACCGGCGUGACAUCCGUGACGACCGCGAGAAGCGUGAAGAGCGCGACUUGCGCGAUGGUCGCGAGCCCCCCAAGCCGGCCUCCCAACCUGAGCCUGUCCAAGUCGCUCAGCCCGCUCCUAAGCCCCUGGCAACCGAAGCCAACGCUACCCCGGUGAGGUCUCCGCCGAGAGGGCCUGCAGCGCUUCGUGCUCCUCCCUCCGGCCCAGCUGCGGCUCGCAAUCUGCCUGCUCCUACAGCGCCCCAAGGUCCGUCUCCACGUCACCCGCCCCAGGCACCCAGCGGCCCUGCUCGUACCGGCACCACCAGCCCUGUGCCCCCUGCCGGCCCUCGCGGUUAUGUGCCCCCGAGAGGCGGCAGCUUCUCUGCACGCGGCGGCCGAGGCGGUUGGCCCGCCGGUCCCAGCCGCCACAGCAUCUCCAGUGCCAGCAGCCAGUCCGUCUCGCCCACUAUGCCUCCUGCAGGCCCCAUCUCCACCACAGGAGCCAACACCGCGCCCAUCGGCAUCCCGACCGGGCCGCGCGCAUCACAACCCUCAUCCGUCUCUUCCACUGGCUCAUCCCAGCCCGCCCCAGUUGUCCCCAGCACUACCCCCCCAGCCGGCCCUAAGUCCUUCAACCCGCCUACGGGUCCGUCCCACGGUCUGCACCACCACCCUCGUCCAACCCUCGCGCAAAACCUCAUCAACACCAUGCCACCCAUCAUUCCCGGUGGGAAAGUCGACCCGUCGCAGUUGCCUCCGUAUGAAACGGACCCGAAGCAGCGCGCAGCGAGGGAUGAGGAGGAGAGGAUCCGGCAGGAGUUGAUGGCGAAGCAGGAGAAAUUGAGGCGCACGCUCAGACAGUGGGAUAAACUGGAGAGGGAGGCACGCGCGUGCGAGAUGAGGACGGAGGCGACGGAGAGGAGCUUGAAGAAGAUCGUGGGGGAGGAGGUUGGGGGGGUGGGGUUCUAG